AUGGAUCAGGUGAUGCUGUUCGUUGAGCCAAGUCGGCAGUUCGUUAAAGCCUCAAUUCUGCUGGUUAAAGGAUGCAGCAAACCCGAUAGGAAAAAAUUCCAGAAGAUCGCUGUGGCCACGGCCAUAGGAUUCGCUAUCAUGGGAUUCAUUGGCUUCUUUGUGAAACUGAUCCACAUCCCUAUUAAUAACAUCAUUGUGGGUGGCUGA